GUACACAGCAUUCAUCAAGCCUCUCUGCUUCCUCUGUCUUUCUCUCUGCUUUGCUCCCUCUUAAAUCUCCACCAUGAUUGUAAUGUCUGAGAAACCCCUUCAGGGAGUUCCUCCACAGGUCACAGACCCCACUUUUCCUCCUUCAUCUAAAAGGUUGGAAGGAAAAAUUGCUAUAGUUACUGGGGGUGCUAGAGGCAUUGGUGAAGCAACAGUGAGAGUUUUUGUGAAGCAUGGUGCGAAGGUGGUGAUUGCUGAUAUAGAGGAUGCAGCUGGAGCGAUGCUUGCAGAGACACUAUCUCCUUCAGCUACCUUUGUCCACUGUGAUGUUAGCUUGGAAAAAGAGGUUGAGAACUUGGUUAGUUCCACAGUCUCACGCUACGGACAACUUGACAUCAUGUUCAACAAUGCAGGGGUGCUAGGGAACCAAUCUAAGAACAAGAGCAUUGUGAAUUUUAACCCUGAUGAAUUUGACCAAGUCAUGUGUGUGAAUGUGAAGGGAGUGGCAUUAGGGAUGAAGCAUGCAGCUAGAGUGAUGAUUCCUAGAGGAAUUGGAUGCAUAAUAUCCACUUCUAGUGUAGCUGGACUCAUGGGGGGGCUUGGACCACAUGCUUAUACCGCUUCAAAGCAUGCAAUUGUUGGGCUCACUAAGAACACUGCUUGCGAAUUGGGAAGGUAUGGGAUAAGGGUCAAUUGCAUUUCUCCAUUUGGGGUUGCCACUUCCAUGCUUGUGAAUGCAUGGAGGCACAGUGAUGAAGAGGUUGGUGAUGAGUGCAUCAAUUUUGGGUUCCCUCUCCCAGAGGAGGUGGAGAAAAUGGAGGAGUUUGUUCGAGGGCUUGCCAACUUAAAAGGAACUACUUUAAGGCCUAAAGACAUUGCUGAGGCCGCACUUUAUCUUGCUAGUGAUGAAUCCAAGUAUGUUAGUGGCCAUAAUCUUGUUGUGGAUGGUGGAGUCACUUCCUUAAAAAAUUGUAUUGGACUGUAACUUGCUUCAUUUUGUGUUCCUUCUUUUACAUGGUAGCUAUCAUCAAUUUAUCAUCAAUUUCUUUUACGUAUGUGGUUUGGGUUGACAAGGGGCAAAAUUCCAAGGCAAGUUGU